AUGACGAACCUAGGCUCGUCCGCUCAGUCGGAGACGGACGACAAACGUAUGCUACGAGUGGACAUUGAUUUUGGUGAGGCUAAUCGUGGAGAAAGGGAAAAUUUGGACGGGUGGGUGGUCGAAAAAGCGGUAGAUGCUGUGAAGCAGGUGAUUAGCUCGAAGCUUGCUAAAGACAUCAAGGUAGAAGAGCCAAAUUAG